CUCUCUCUCUCUCUCUCUCUCUCUGCCAUCGAGAUGGACCAUUCGAACCCGGGUUUCCGUUAUAAAGUGCACCCUUGACGUUUCCUUUCUUUUUGGGGGAGGGGUCUGCGCGUAGGGUGGGAUGGAUCUUGCCAUGGGGGGGGAGGCGUGGACGUGGGGAUACUUACGUAUCUGCAGGCACUGUAAGUUCCAACUUUGCGGGUGUACAGACAGAAGCAGAGCGAGUCGCAAUCGGGUACGACGUUGCGGUCGUGUCCCUAGGACAGGCGCCGGAUGUGAUCAUGGGGCAUUCGAAGCAGAACAGCGGCCUUUGUAUACACAUUUGAAGGUGAGGGAUAAUCAGAAGGAGUAAAGACUAAGAAGCCAUACGCGGCCGCUAUUCGUACGAGUGUGCGGGUGCCCCGCGGAAGUAUGCGCAUGUCCAUCAAACCCAACGGUGAACUGGCAAGGCCGGUUCCGUCCCGUCUGGAUCGCAUUGGAUACACGAACUGUCCUGGUACACUACUCUGUAGAGGGUCCGCGCCCACGGACCCAGGAUUGACGAGGUUUCGACGGGCUCAGACCGUACAGGGAUGGCUGGGCGAAUGGGAGGAGAAGGUUGAGAGGGAGGGGGGUGGCAGCGCAGAGGAAACAGGUCAGGUUGUGUCUACACGAUAGAUGGAUGGAUGGCGGUGACGAUGAAUAAGGUGAGGGUGGGAGGAAACCCGCGUACGAAGCUUUCGUCUUGUUUGCUCGCGGGGGGGG